AUGGAGGAUGAAGCGAUAAAUUUCAAAAUUUGCAACUUAGUUAACCCGAAAAGAGAAGAAGCGAAAGCCACGCGCCAGCAGUUUUUUGUCCGAAACGGAGCACACAAGGAGAAGGUUUAUGCUAAAAUUCAUCAAGCCCAUCAGCCAUUUCAUCAUCAAGAAGAAUACUUCUUGGCCAAGGAAAGAAAAUCGGACGUGCACUUUGACAUGCUUAAGCCGAAUGACAAGGGAGAGAAAAAUACAGUCGUUAAAAAAGAUGAUGCUGUAGGUAGAAGUGGAGGUGCUUCUGAAAGGGGCGGGACUGCUGGAAAUAACGAGGCUGAGUCGUUAGCGAAAGAGGUACCCUUCGAGGAGAAAUCCCUCGGGGAAGUCGACAGUGGAAAGCGGGAAGGAACGGUUGAGGAGGGAGAAACCCUCAGGGAGAUCGAUGCCCAGGAGAAGGACCAUCAACGGGAGGUUCUCCAAAAUGAUGGACCCCAAAAUUGUGACAUGCAAAGGUGCAGCUCUCCAAACUGCCCCACACACGGCUGCAACAAACCGUGCCGAUGCGCGCAAAUUCCCAUCACGGAGAAACAGCCCUGCGCAGAAAAAGGAAAAAAAAACAAAAAGGGAACCAACGUAAAUUAUAUAGUGCACUACAACAGGUAUAAACCCACCAGGAUAGCUCCCACAUUUAGCAAAACGAAAAAUAACCCCCCAGUGGUAAAAAAAAAUAAAAAUCAAUAUAUUAAUUGCAAUUUCAGAUACUAUGUGAAGGAGAAAAAUUACUUGACACAAAGCGCAGAUGAGAAUAUAAAAUGGGAGCAGAUCGAAAAAGUAGACUACAUGGUGUUUGACAAUACUACGUUAGCAUGUCCAAUAUGUUUAGAGGACAAAAUAAUUUCGCCUAGAAUUACGAAAUGCAGACACAUAUUUUGUUUUUUCUGCAUUUUAAAAUAUUUCAUCGAUGAAAAGAAACAGAUGUGGAAAAAGUGUCCCAUAUGUUUCGAAAUAAUAAACGAAAAUGACCUAAGAGCCGUCAAAUUUCACUACGUAAAAAAUUACAACAUCAAUGACAGUAUCAAUAUGUGCCUUCUUUACACAGAAGAUAAAAAAAUCCACUUAAAAUCGGACAGACUAUAUUUCAAUAAUAACUUCAAAGUAACAAAUAAAAAUCUUGUCAAAAAUAAUAAAACAGGGGAUUAUAAAUAUAUUGUUAAUAUAGAUUAUAUGAAUAAAAAUUUAACGACCUUUAGUCGAAAUCACACAAAUAAAAUUUCCAAAUUAAAUCUCAAUUUGGGCAUUCAGUUUUCAAAGCUUUUUUACUUAUACAAUCCUCUGUCCAUAUGGAUAAAAGAUCUCAACAUUUUUAACUUCAUUUUGACGAAUAAGAAUAUGCACUUCUUCGCGUCAGACCCGAAUGUCAUCGAGAAGGCCAUAGCAAAUAUUAAGUUAAAAAUCAGCGAGUAUUUAAAUAUCCCCAUUGAAAGGAUGAACCCAGAACUGAACUUGGACGACCCGUCCUUCGACUCCUUUUACCUUUAUGACAAUUUGGCCCACGACGUUUAUCUGGCGAAGAACCAGAAAUCGCCCGCGCAAGAGAAAUGUCCACUCGAUUCAGAGAAACCCACCAAUCAGGGUUCCCCGGACUUGAAGCAUUUAAACCAGACCUACUUCUACCAGUGUAUCGAUGGGCAGUGUAUAUUCCUAGACCCCUUCAUUUUGAACUUACUCUUUUUCGAGUGUGACAACAGCAUGAACAGGAUGCCCAAGUUUCUCUGCAACAGGCAAAUCACCUACAUUGAGACCUUCGAGCUAGAUGAAAAAAUCAGAAAAAGGCACGCUAUUUUGUCCCACCUGCCGCUUGGCGUUAACGUCCUGUUCGUUUCGAUCAACAUAGAUGAUCUCCUAUCGGAAAGGACCAAAACGCAUUUUUCGAAGGAAAUAUCUGAGAGGAAGAGGAAGCACCAUUCUAUUUUGAGAAAAAAAAUGAAGGAGGAAAAAUACUUUAAACUACUAGCCGACGAAGAAAUAGACAGGAAGGAAAAACGCUACUGGAAUUUGCCCAACAACACGAUAAACAUACAGAGCGACACCAUCAACAUAAAGAAAUAUCUUCACGGGGCACUGCAGGACGACUCCGUAGUAAAACAAAACGAACAUGCGUUUGUAGAGGAGCUUUUCCCGAAUGUAAAUUGGGAUGACCAAACGGGGGAAAAUAGGACAGGAGGCGGGACAAAAGAUAGGCUAAAAAGUGGACCAAAUGGUCGAAAAAGGGAACCAAAUGGUCCAAGAGGGGAAUCAAAAUAUGGGUCAAAAAAUUACCCCCCCGUAAACUGGGACAACGCCGAAUUGGUCAACGCAGCCGAUCCAAACGUCUGUCACAUUCCGAAGAGAAGUUUUCUUGAAAUAGCGAAACAGAAAAGCGAUGCGGGUGAUAUUAAAUCAGAAAUGGGGAAAAAGAAGGAGGAGAAGUUGUCCAUUGGUUCUGGCUCGGUUCACGUCAAUUUGAUUGAUUUAAUAAACACCAAAACAGCUAAAAAGAAGAAGAGAAAAUAG